AUGUUGUGCUUCCGUGUCGUGUUCAAAGCAUGGAUUUUUUUCUGUGUGGGAACAGCCGCCUCGUGCACGAUCUCCGUCAUUGCUUCCACGUGGAAAGCUUUUGCGGCGCAAAAGGUGGAUGGUUCAGUGAUCACAUGGGGAGACAGCGGUUUCGGCGGCGAUUCGAGCGGUGUAGCUUCAAAUCUUUCGAGCGGAGCUGCUUUCAUCGCUGGAAACGAGGGUGCUUUCGCUGCAAAGAUGUUGGAUGGUAGCGUGGUCACUUGGGGUGUCGGCUAUAUGGGUGGGGACUCCAGUUCCGUGGCCGGACACUUGACUGGAGUUGACAAAGUUGUUGCAAGCAGGCAGCAGUUUGCCGCGCUGAAGCUCGAUGGCAGCGUCGUCUCAUGGGGAUUCGCCGACUUGAGCCUUGUGGCGGGCAAUCUUACAUCCGGAAUCAUCGAAGUCGUCGAUGGUGGCAAGGGUUUCGUGGCCAGGAAGCAGGAUGGGAGCCUGGUCGCGUGGGGGUCUAACCCCUAUGCCUAUGCGCUACCUUCGGAAGCAUCGUCGGGUGUGGUCAGCGUGCACAGUUUUCAGAGGGCCUUUUUGACCAAUGAUGCGUGGUGGGCCGUCAAGGAUGACGGCAGUGUCUUCACAUUCGGACAAGCUGUGACAACCCCGACAGUAGACCUCACCGGAGCUGAAGCAUGCUAUUAUACAGCUUUGUCUGAAUUUGCAGCCAAGAAGGCGGAUGGAAGCGUUGUCACCUGGGGGUCCGUACAAGAUAUCCCCCCUCCGAACGCGAGCCUUUCAUCAGGAGUUGAUUUCCUGGUGGUUACCUCAGGUGCGUUUGCAGCCAGGAUGCUGGAUGGCAGUGUUUUAACCUGGGGCAGAGCUAGUUGGGGUGCCGAUUCAAGUGCCGUGGCUGGCCAAUUGGCCGCUGUGAAGGCUAUCUACGUGACUAAGUAUGCCUUUGCGGCACUGAAAGUGGACGGUUCAGUCAUAACCUGGGGCAGUGCCGACCAGGGUGGCAAUUCCAGCGAGGUUGCCGACAAGCUCGCAUCCGGUGUUGUGCGGAUUCGGGCCACAGACUCGGCCUUCGCAGCGCUCAAGGAGGACGGCAGUGUCGUUACCUGGGGAGACAGCGGGCGUGGAGGCGAUUCCAGCGCGGUCGCAGGUGAACUCUCAUCCGGCGUGGAUUUCAUCAAAGCCAGCGAUCGCGCCUUCGCAGCCAGAAAGGAAGACUCGAGCGUGGUCACCUGGGGUGACCCCGACGGUGGGGACUCGAGCGCGGCGGCAUCGUUCCUUUCGUCUGGUGUGGCUGAAGACCCGUGCUUCACAAUCACGACGACCAGUCGGACGAUGACCAGCAGCACCCGCACCACUUCCACCUUUACCACACGUACCACCAGCACAGGUACCUCAGCGACCCAGACGACGACUUCACUCACAAGCACCACUAGCACGGCCUCGACGGUCAGCACGACCACCACCACCAGCGCGACCACCACCGCCACCUUGCAAUUGGUCGUCGGCGCCAAUGUUGAACUCACGGAAGAUGACGACGGAACCCAUGUGAGCAUUGAAGCGGUGGCUGGCAUUGCUGGCGCAGUUGCUGGCUUCAUUGCGAUGCUGGCGGUUGUUUGCUGGUUUGCUCGGUGCAGGGGCUCAGGAGUCUCGCUCUACUCGUGCUUGAAUGGAGUUUUUGGGGCGCAGACCAGUGGAGCCACUGCCACCACAUCCGUGUAG